AUGAUGCCACAAUUAGUUGUGCGGCCUCCCUCCAAAACAUCCUCGACCAUUUCCCACGACCCCGACGGCAUUCCCCCUCAGCCACUCGACCAUCAGCAUGAGGCUCCUGCCGGCCUUUUUGGCGCGUCCUCGUCACAUGACCCCAUGAUUACCCGCCAAUCCCGUUCUCAGCCGUUCUCUUCACAAACCGCUAUUGUCGGCGGCGGUCAACAAGUACCAGAGGCUGUCGCUUUUCACAAGCUGCCGGUCGAGAUCAUCCAGAGAAUCCUAUGGACCGUCGACGUCAACAGCUUUGCUUCCUUAGCCAUAUUAAAUCACAACUGGUAUACGGUCGCUCAAAAUACCGACCUCUACGCCCACCAUCUCUCGCGAUGUCCAUCGUACGCCUUGGCCAAUGCCGUCAUUACCGGUCCUUUUCGAAAAAACGACCUGUUCCGAUUCAAGACCAAAUUCGCGGCUGAAGUUCGCCGAAAUCUAUUCGAUGCUUACACGCGUCCUCGCCGUACUCUUAUCAACCUAAUUUCUGUUAAUGCUAGCUCUUCUGCGGCCUUGCCGGGGGCCGAAGCAUUCCGCUUCGCCUUCUCACCAAAUGGUCAAACCAUUCUCGCUCUCAGUUCAUCGAGAAUCUAUGUCAUCGACGCCACGUCCGAUCCUAUCGCUGUGCGGAAUGAACUCAAGACUAUGAGGCGACCCCUAGCGGCUUCCGUCACGGAUGAUGGCGCCACGCUGGCCGUUUUGUCCUCCAAGCAUCAGGCCAACAUCUAUCAGCUCACCCCAGAUGGCGUCAAGCAUGUCCAGGUCCUGGUUAUGGAUAAUCCUCCCAGGACCAUCGCGUUGGCACCGGAGGGGACCGUCCUGGCUGCGGCGUAUGAAGGCGGAGUCGAAGUGUUUUCCCUCGCCCCCAGUGCCCUGUCCACUGAUCGUAGAGCCGUUCGAAGCGAAGGUGUUGACACCUUGAGCUUUUCUGGGGACGGAUCUAUGUUGGUAGGAAGCACCCAAAGUCUGGAAGAGCCUUCAGCUGUGGUGAUCACGGCGCCUUUCUAUACCGAGAACGAUCUUUCUCCAAAGGAGGUUCAUAGCCGGAUGUGGACGACGCAGAUUCUGUUCCCCCAGAUCAGUAGUGUCUGCAGUCAUGCCGAAUUGCUUCAGGGUCAUACCGAAGGCGACGCAAAUUGGCUUUUUGCUUACGACCACACACUCAUGUCCUAUAGGGCGGUCCGAACAGAUGAUACCAGAACGGGCGUGGCCUACUUCUUGAACCCUACCACCAAUCGACGAUUUAGCAUGCCCAUCCCGUCCACGGCUCCGACGGCCACAGUAUGCGGUACUCUCGUUGUGGCUGGUUUCGGAGGAAGUGGUCUCUGGAUUUACGGCGUCCCCGAGAAGCUGGAUGUGAGUCCGGAUAUGGGCUCCGUCGUCGAAAGACACGAACAGCGUCUACAAGGCAGAGUGCCACUUACUUCCGCUACAGGCCAUUUGGAGCCGUUAAUGGCAUAUUCACCUUCUAUAUCUGGAAGUAGCGAGGAAAUAGAGGACGACUCCUUGGCCGCCAAGGUGGACUGGCGAGAGAGUUUGUUCGUCAAGUGUCAACAGAUCAGGUCCAUUGAAGGCUGUACGGCAGCAAAAUGGGUAGAAAGAUGCGAAGACAGGGAAUGCUCUUUCUUGGGCAAGAGAUUGGUCUGUGUCGCCCCUGGCGGUGUUAAUCAAUUUGUGGAAGAACUGGGAGACGAAACUAUGCCUGUUGAUGGUUCACGCGUUUCCAUUCUCGACUUUGAUUAUGCCCCAUCCUGCGCCCCGGAUCGAGAACUUACCAUUGAAGUGGGCGAAAAAGAGCCAGACUUGCUGACGGAGCAGAUGGGUGAUAUGGAGACCGAGGUCGCGAUGGAAAGACGGCGCACGGUACGGGACCGAAACAGAGGAGGUAUGAAAAUGCCUUUGGGUCGCUCUGUCACAACAGCGUCUGGAUCACCAAGCCUGCCCUGGAGUGCGCGACGAAGCACCUCUCAGCCUUCAUCUCCUUUGGAUGUUGACGCACAAAUGGCCUUGGCCAAUUCACCACCCCGUACCUAUCAACCAGCUCAACCGAAUUUGCACAGAUCGGCCACCGCGGCCGGUUUUGGCACGGCUCGAUAUCCACCACGACCGCCUCUUUCGUCGCAGCAACAAGAUUCGGGUCACAUCAUUUAUGCACGAUCACCGAAUCAGCCAUAUCACUCGGAAGAAGGUUGGGAAUCACCGCCACCACCUUAUCCCAACAAUUCUCCCGGCCCCGUCCAAUCGGGAGGGUCAUCGGGUUCACCUACGAUACAGCCUCCCCCCUUUGGCGGUCCAAGUCCCGUGGCAAUGCCAUUGGCAGGGAUUCCGGAAAAUGGUCAUGUUCCGACCCAAAACCAGCCUCGUCCUGUCCCGCAAGGAUUCGCACCAGGUCCACCCCAGCCUAUGCACCAGCAACAAGCACAGUUUGUGCCUCAGCCAGGACAUACGCCUCACCAAGGGGUUCCUAUGAUUCCCGAAGACGCGCCGACCCGGUAUAUAUCCAGUCCGUAUGCCGCUGCCCCGGCACCAAAACCUGAUAACUAUCAACUCGCUGCCCCCAAUGCUCCAUUAGCCCCUACAACCCCACCAUUUGCAUCGUCAGGUUCCGGUGAAUCAUCUUCAAGACCAGUAUCGCAUGAGGGCCGAGCUUCACCGUUCCAUACCCCCGUCUCUCAACGGCACCCGACACCUGAUCGAACAUCUCCGUCGAAUCUCAACCCACCAGCUCCAAAUCUCUCUGAUGCACCUGCGAAUAUUCCAGCGUCGCAAAAGCGAUCCUCUGCUGGCUCUCUCACUCUGACCGGAGCGAAUUUACAAGCCCGUCUCAAUCAUCCAGUCCCUCCAACUCCAACAACGUUGGAGCAGAUGCGUAUGUCGCAAUAUGAACCCCCCAGUCAGCCGGUGGCACCCCAUUCUGCUGCUCCACCUCCUACACAAGCCUCUGUGGCUGGCGCUCCGUAUUCGUUCGUAUCUCCAACAGCCGACCAAAUGGCCAAUCUAAACCGUCGAGUUUCUCAAACAUCACGGAAGCCUGUGGCACCGAUCUCGACAAAUGGCGCCAUUUAUCAAAACCCUGGUUCGGCUCCGUGCAACUUCAGCGGUGGUUCGGGUGUCCCUCCGUCCCCUCCCCGCGGUGCAUGGGGCGCCGCGGGAGUCCCGGGCUCGCCUUCUUUCAACAAGGCGAUCGCGCUUCCCAAUGGCCUGUCACGGAACAAUUCUCGAGGAAGUGGUCGCUCGAUUCCCGUCUCCACAUCGACUCCGAAUUUACAUGUCGCGGCCGCGGUAUAUCCCCCACGACCAAAAAUGGGCAGGCUUGAUACCAUCGACAGCGUACCGGGCUCCUACGGCCCGGGCGAACCGGGUUCGAGAUCGCAUAAUGCUGUACCAACGACGAUUCCGAGUCCCAUGGCACAUACGCAUGUUCAUAACCAACCACCGCCACCAAGUCCGCAUGCAUAUCCUCUGUCACAGCCUCAAAUCCAGCCCCAAUUCCAGCAGACGCGGUCAUAUCAAGCCACUGUGUGGGCCGGCAACACGAACCUUCAUGCUCAUCCUGCCAGGAAUGGCGACAACAGACGCGUUUCAUCCGAUCCCACGGUUCCUGAAUCGUCGAAGAAGAAAAAAGGAAAGAGGCGGAAAGGCGAACCUGAACGAGGCAGGUCCCAGACACCCAUGCCCACGACUAGUGGUUUGGGUGCCAUGGACGUUGUCAAAGAGAGCAAGAAGGAGAAGGGAAGUAAGUGUAUUGUGAUGUGA